AUGUCCGGCUGGAGAGAGUUAAGCGUCGGCGUCAUCGGCGGCGGUAUUGGCGGCAUGUCCGUUGCCAUCGCCCUGCGUCGUGCCGGCCACGUGGUGACCAUCUACGAGAAAUCUGAUUUCGCCGGUGAGGUCGGUGCCUCUGUGUCUUGUGCUGCAAAUGGAACCCGAUGGCUGUACGAGUGGGGAGUGGAUGUGGCCAAGGGUGAUCCUGUCGUGUUGAAGAAGUUGAUCAACCGCGACUGGAAGACCGGAGAGCCUGUGAGCGUGUACGACCUGAAUGAUUACGAACAACGUUGGGGAUAUGCAUACAACAUGUUUCAUCGCCAGUACAUGCAUUCCAUGCUCAAGGAUACGGCCCUGGGGGAAGAUGGAGAGGGGAUACCGGCAAAGUUGAUGGUGAACCAUCGUUGCUGCGACAUCGACAUGGAAAGCCACACCAUCACCUUUGAGAAUGGAGACCAAGUCAAACAUGAUCUCAUCGUUGGCGCUGAUGGAAUCGGAUCCGCUGUGCGACGUAUCCUGGGCAUCAAGCCCGAGAAACGCCCCUCCGAGCAGAGCUGUCUGCACGCCAACGUCGACACCGAAGAAGCCGUUCGCCUUGGACUCGUCGACUAUUCCAAAAACAGCGCCCUUGAAUACUGGGGCGGCCAGGAAGGUAAAUGGGACAAGAUUGUGCUCUCUCCUUGCAACGGCGGAAAGCUCUUGUCUUAUUAUUGCUUCUUCCCACGCGCAGUCGGUGACUACACCUCUCAGGCCUGGGGUGUAGAGAGUCGACCCGUGGAAGAACUUCUCAGUCCCUAUCCCGAGCUGGACUCACAGGUUCUCAAGCACCUGUCCAUUGGUAAGGAGAUCCAGCCAUGGCGCCUGUGGGUGCACGAUCCAUACCCCUACCUUCAAAAGGGGAGUGUCUGCCUUCUGGGCGAUGCGGGACACCCGAUGAUGCCUCACCAGAGUCAAGGAGCGUGCAUGGCGAUUGAGGAUGCGGCCGCAUUGGGGAUUUUGUUCAACAGGAAGUAUUUCAACGGUGAUAUUCGACAGUCUCUUGAGGCUUAUGAGAAAGUCCGUCUGCCUCGCGUGACUCGUGUCCAAGCCUCGGCUGCAAAGGCGGCAUACAACAUCAACGAGCGAAUCGGUUUCUCCGUGAACAAGAACAUUCCCACCUACAAAGUUGAAGAUCCCAAGAAGGUUCUCACAAUCGAGGAGAUGAAUGCCUACGACAUGUACCACGACAUUGACGAAAAACUAGCCCACAUCCGAGGCGUCAAGUACGAGGAUCCUUACAUCUGCGGUCUACCCUAUGGCUUGGAGCUUCCGAGCGGGGUGGUUAUCGGGGCUGCAGCAUAA